CCCUGGUAACGGAGUCAAUGGCGUCCGAUCCGAUCCCGGUGCUUCCUCCGGCGCCUCAGCAAUUCAAACCGAUCCAGCAUCACCUGCGCACCGCUCAGGAGCAUGAGAAGCGCGACCCGGUGGUGGCUUAUUUCUGGCCCAGCCUUGGCUCAGCUGGUAGCACUUUCACCUGAGUCAGAGGCCAUGGGUUCAAGCCCCGCUCCAGAGAUGUGAGCUUACGAUCUGGAGGGAGGUAUUGAGGGAGUGCUGCGCUGUUGUAGGUGCCAUCUGAUGCAUGCGUUUACUUUCUGUCAAGUUCUGAGUGGACUAAAACUACAUGCUGUAAUCCUCUCCUUUCGGCAGGCCAUCUCUCACAACUUGGCCGCCUGUAUGCUAUGCAGACUGGAAUGAAAAUUGAUAGUAAAACUCCAGAAUGCCACAAGUUCUUGGUGAAACUAAUGGAUCAACUAGAGAUUAUGAAGAAACAGUUGGGUGACAACGAAUCAAUUACGCAAGAUGUGGUGGGGAAUGCCCAUGUAGAGAACUAUGCCUACAAAAUGUUCCUAUAUGCUGAUACUGAAGAUCGCGCAGGAAGAUUUCACAAAAACAUGAUCAAAUCAUUCUACACCGCAAGCUUGUUAUACGACGUCCUUACUGUAUUCGGGGAGCUCACUGAAGAGAACAUUCAACACAGGAAAUAUGCCAAGUGGAAGGCAGCCUAUAUCCACAACUGCUUGAAAAAUGGCGAAACCCCCCAGUCUGGACCUAUGGGGAUGGAAGACGAAUUACUAGAUAAUGAGAGUAAAGGUGAUGGUUCACUCCCACAUUCGUCAAUCUCCGAUAAGCCGCCUGAAUCCAUGCCAACUCAAGACCUCUCCAACAUACAGGUGCCUCCCGGUGAUCAUCCACCAUCAAAUUUCUCAACCAUUCAUAUCCCUCCUGGUGCGCACGCUCCAGCCAAUACUCCAGCGGAAGUGCCGGGCAGCUCAGCUUUGCCGAAUACUCCAACAAUACAGCCAGUGCCACAGAACGUACCAAUAAUUGACCCGUCGUUGUACAGCAUAAAGCCUCAGGGGGAGGUGCGCCUGACCCCGGAGGACUACGCCAGGGCUCAGAAGUACUGCAAAUACGCAGGCAGCGCCCUGCAGUACGAAGACGUGGGGACAGCUGUGCAGAAUCUCCAGAAGGCCCUCAAGUUGCUCACCACAGGGAGGGAAUGAGUCCCCUUCCUGCACUGCCCACACCUAAACUUGUGUUCUCCCCGCUGGCCCCAAAGAACUAACCAGCCCACGGCCCCACUCUGCCUUCGCAUAACAAAAGGGCCUCUUGUUUCCCCAUCGGCAUCCGCAGAUAAUUUGAUCCGCAGAUUGCAUUGCGUUUUUUUUUAAUCUCAAAGGAAAGAAGAACAUGCUUUGGGUGCCAAGUGUGAACGUUAAUGGCUUGGGUUUCAUUAGCUUAAGGAUUUUAUUUUUAAAAAGGCACUCGUGAUGGCAACACUAAAGAAAUGUGCACCGGGUUCUUAAUUUUGCUGCUUUUUCAGUGAGGUAACUGUCCUGUAUACAGAAAUUACAAUAAUUUAGUACAACAGUAGUAUUCCAUUUAACGGUACCCAAGGAGUUAGGUGUAUGAUGUCCUUUGCAUGCUCAUUCAACAGCAGAACACAAAUCAAAUACCAUUUUCGCCCCCCCCACCCUUCUCCCUCCCACUUUCCCUACGUGACCGCAUCACGGCCUGGGGUGGGUCAAGCUCACAGCAGUAUCUUAUGCAAUUUGGUUUGACUGUUCAGUGCAGCACGUUUCUCAGGCUUCAGGUAACUCAUUGUCCUCUUUGACAAGUACAAAAUCGGCCACCUCAGCAAGCAUUGUUGAAUUUCCAGCCCAGGUUCUUCCACCUACGUGUUUGAGAGGGGAGCGGGGGGGUGGGGGUGGUGUGAUUUGAGCACAGUCACUGUCGAAGCACAUCUUAGAUAUUAAGUGCAUACCCUGCCAAAACCCCAGGUGCCAAUUAGCAGAACCUUCCACUGUCUCCUGAAACCCAAUUGAAUGUUCUAUCCAAAUAUCCAAUCAGAGGAGUAAUGUAGCCUUGGAGCUAAUAUAACCAGUUGCCAGAAGGGAUGCUCAGCAUGCAUGAAGAAGUGUCAUUAAGCAUUAUGUCUUGUAAUAAAUAAUUGUGUGUCAGACUGUUUCUCUUUUUCUCUGGGAUUUGAGGUGAGGUAAAUUGCACUAGGUAUUAAGAGUGUGUGUUUGUGUCUGUGUGGCUGAGGCUAGAAUUACCUUUCAUAAAUUAUUUGCAAAGUGGAAUAUGUCCACUGCAACAUGGAGUCAACACCUUGCACAACAGGUUUAAUAUUACAUAAUUGUUCUCUUUUUGGUCUUGACAAAAUAACGUGUAACAGUACCGACCAAGAAUUGCUGCAUUUUUUUGCUGGGGGAGCUCUCAAGAAAUGAAACGCAUCGUUAUUGAAUCAUCUGCUUCCCUUUGGCAGCAAGAUCUUGUGGGCCUGAUUUGCAACUGCCAUGAAGUACUCCCACAGCAAUUUUUGUUACUUGUACUGAUCAAACCAUAACAGAAAUAAAACAUGUACAUUU